AUGCGGCUAUGGCCGUUUGGCAACAAGUCACGAGGGACGGCGCCAGGCUCGGUCGACUCGCUUGGCUCAGCCUCGCUCUCCUCGCGCUCCUCCCGCUACAGCGGGGAGUACUCUGACUAUGACGACGACGAGCCGUACUCGCUCUCUGAUGAUGCUAUUGUGGAUACGCUCAACCUGACACAGGCGCAGUUUGAAAACUUUCGCAGGGCGUUCGAGCUGGUGGAUACGGACUCGACGGGCCGGAUCUCGGUGCUAGAGCUGGCGCCGAUUGCGCUGCUGCUGCAGUCGUCGACGGAUGGGAUGGCUGACGUCGAGCGAAUGUUGAAGGCAGCCGACGUCGACGCCGAUGGUGUGCUGUCGUUCUUUGAGUUUUGCGCGGUGCUGAAGCGGGCGCAGGACGGAAAGUACCGGCUCAUUCACGAGCUUUUCAACGAACUCGACAGCGACUCGGACGGCGUCAUUUCCGAGGAUGCGCUCGGUGAGGUGAUGGACGAGCUCGGCCGGCGUGACUGGGCCGAGUCGGACGGGUGGGACAUCGGCAUGGCCGACGAGGUGCAGCUGGUGGAGGCCGGCGUCUCGCCGGCGUACAUCCGCAUGGUUGUUGCCGACGAGGACGAGGGCCGCCGCAAAGAGCUGCUCCGCAAGCACCGGCGCGGCAAGCGCGGGCAGCUCACACUCGAACAAUUUGCCCGCCACCUCGGGUACGACGGGCACGUUGUUGAGCUGCCGCCGCUCGACGAGUCCGACUUUGAAUCCUCGCUCCGCGAGCUCGACUCGGACGAAGCUGCCGACGUCCCGGUGGCGGCACGCAUCGGCCUGCGGUCGGCUGGCGACUCUGAAGGCUGCACAACCACCGAGUCGGUUGACAACCUCUCGUACUCGUGGGUGGCGUCGGACUCGGACGCCUCGUUUGUUCUCCACAUCCGCGAGUUCUACGUCCGGCGUGCCUUUCGCGUCGUCGUCCGCGCCUCGACGACCAUCGGCACGCUCCUCUCCAAGAUCUCCAAGGUGACCAGCCAGCCGUUGGCGCUCCUGCGCGUCUACUACGAGGGCUUCCAGCUGCUGGACCCCGAUUCGACGCAGAUGCUGAGCACCGGCAACACACUCGCCGAGUUUGGCAUCGAACCCGAGGCCGUUCUCUGGGUCCUCUACCAUCCGCGGACCAAGAAGCUCAAGCUGAAGGACGCAUGGCCGCUCGCGCCGUCGGGCAAACGAGUCGCGAACUUUCUCGACCUCGACAUGGUCUACGAGCAGUUUUUGUUUGAAGGCCGGCUGACAACCCAGCUCGCGCUGGCCAUCAUUGCCGCCGCCAAGCGCCGGGUCCGCAAGCUCCCAUCGCUGCUCGAGGUGGACGGCCCGUGUGUGGUCAUUGGCGAUAUUCACGGCCAGUUCUACGACAUGCCCAACAUUCUCGGGACGGGCGGUCCGCUCGGCGAGAGUCAGUACCUCUUCCUCGGCGACUACGUCGACCGCGGCUACUUUUCGGCAGAGACCGCGCUCUUCCUCCUCGCCGCCUUUGUCCGCUACCCGGACUCGGUCCACCUCCUCCGCGGCAACCACGAGUCCGAGGCUAUGGCGGCCAAGCCGAUUUCCGGCGGGACCAAGGUCGAGGUCGAGGCCAAAUACUCGAUUGAGGUCUUCAACGCGCUCAUGGGCGUCCUUGCCCGCCUCCCUGCUGCCGCCGUCCUCUCUGUCCCCGACGGCAACGGCGGCUCGAAGAAGAUGUUCUGCGCUCAUGGCGGUAUUGAUCGCGAGCAUCCGGGCCUCGAGACGAUGCGCGCCGUCUCGCGGACCAAGAAAAAGGAGAUCCGCGGCAAGGGCGAGAUGCGGGGCGUCAUGUGGAACGAUCCGUACCAGGACAUGGCCAUGUCGAGCUGGCAGGCCCGCGCGCUCCGCAAGGCGCAGUCCCGCAUGGCCCGCACGCUCGACGCCGACUCGACUGCCCGCCACGACGCCGCCGCGGCUUUCCUAGCCGAGGCCCGCGACGAGGUCCUCGCCGCCAACUCGGAUGACGACGUCCACACCCUCCGCCACAAGCGCCGCGAGGAGAAGCGCCGCGCCAAGGCCAGUGCCAAGGCCAGCGCCAAGGCCAAGGCCAAGGCCAAAGCCAGAUCCAAGUCCAAGUCCAAAUCCAAAUCCAAGUCCAAGUCCAGGCGGCGGUUUAGCCUCCGCAGCUCGUCCAAAGGCCGGGUCUCCCGUCGGGGGCGGCGAGCCUCGCGCGGUGAGCAGCAAGAGGAAGCUGACGAGGAGCAGGAGGAGGAGGCCUCGCGCACGGGCAAGAGCAAGGGCAAGGGCAAGAGGAAGAGGAAGGGAAAGGCGGCGCUUACUUCGUCCAAGUCGGACUCUGGAUCGGGUACCGCGGAUUCGGAUGUCAAGAGCAAGAGCAAGAGCAAGAGCAAGGCUAGGGCCGCAGCUGGAAAGGCUUCGGCAUCAACGCCUUCAGACGCCGACUCGGACCCAGACUCGGACCCGAACUCGGACCCAGACUCGGACCCAGACUCGGACCCAGACUCGGGCCUAGACUCGGACUCGGACCCGGACUCGGACCCGGACUCGGACCCGGACUCAGACCCGGACUCGGACUCGGACCCGGAUUCAAGUAGCUCAAGCCCGGCCUUGUCAUCCUCGUCACCAACCUCAUCUCGGCCGGCAUCUCCCUCUCCCUCUUCCUCUCUCUCAACGUCGUCGCCUCCGGUAUCAGCGUCUUCAUCAGUCGCAGCGUCGGUGUCAGCCUCUUCAUCUGCCGCAGCAACAGCGUCGAGCGAGCGCGAGUCAGGGUCCGACUCGUCGUCAAAGUCUAUGCGGCCUGCGCCGCGGUACUCCAAGACGCGGCCCGACGAUUCAUCGUCGUCGUCGCCGGCGCCGGCGUUUGCGCCAUCGCCGCUGAUUCCGGCCACCUCUGGACCGCCACCCGAGUGGAGUGGGGCGGUCGAGGCGGAUGCGUGGAUGCUGCCGCGUUCGUUGCUGGAGAUCCACGGGAAUCGGUACCUGGUCGAGGCCGAUCGGUUGGUCUUUGACCUUGCUGCGGUGAAGAAGAAGAGCUCGCUGUUCCGGCGCGGGCCGCGGGCCAAGGACUGGACCAAAAAGUCGAGCUGGAAGAAGAACUCGCGCGGCAAGGGCCUGUACCUGUUCACAGCGCGGGCAGCCGACUACUUUCUAGCGCGCAACGAUGUGCUCUGCAUCCUGCGCGGGCACCAGCAAAAGCCGGGCUUUGACGUCGCCGCCGAGUCCAAGUACUACAACUUUCCACGGCUCAUCACGGUCUUCUCGGCACCCAACUACACCGACGCCAAUCUUGCGGUCGGCGGCCUCGCCGACUUUGGCGCCGACGGCAAGCUCGUGCUCCGCGCGUACUCGUGGAACCACCAUCCGGUGUACAAGGGCGGCAUCCACGUGACCAAAACGUUUGAGAAGCACUACGUCAUGGAAGACUACGUGCAGUACCUCAACGCGCACGCAAGCCACGUCCUCCGCUCCGUUUCGCUCCUCCACAUCCAGUCCAAGGGCGAAGUCCGCAACUUUCUCGCCGCCAUGCGGCAGCGCGGGCGCAAGCUCAUCAUGGGCGACCUCGAGCAGAGCUCGACCGACUGGGAGUUCCUUGCCAACAACCUCGCCGACGCCCUCAACGCCGCCUCGGACAAGCGCGUCCACACCCUGCUCUAUGCAGAGCGCAUCCGCAAGCGCGACAACGCGCUCUGGCUCGAAGGCUUUGACUACUUUGCCAACUCGCUCCUUCGCGAGGCUGUCAACGAGCUCGAGGAACUCACCCUCGACACUGAGCCCGAGCCUAUCGUCACAGCCGCCGCUGCCCAGUACGAGGGUGAAGCCGAGUCGGCCUCGGACACUGUCUCGCUGCAUUGAACGAGUCGACCGCCUGCGAGUGGUUGCGUCGUGUCGAGUUUUGUUUGCGCCGAGCCCACACACCACAUGCACAAGCAAACCUAUCAGUGC